AGGAUGUGACUUUUCAUCUAACCCAAACAAAAGACAAAUCACAACUCUACAAUUGCCGGCUUCCUCCUCCAUUGCCGGCUUCCUCCUCCUCUUCAAUCUUCUUCAUAACAACAGUAUACACACGCAAAUACAUAAAUACAUAUACUCCCUCCGUCCUUGGAAGACAAUUUUUGAAAUCUGUGCCAAUUUCAAUUCCUUAUAUCUUUCAAUAUGAAUCUCAAAAAAUAUGCAAUAUGGAUCUUGUUUGAUAGUUCUCGAUUAGUUUUAUUAUACAAAGUUUUCAAAUUCGUGAAAAACAUUAUAGAUUGAAAGAUAUAAGCAAUAAAAAAUGGCACAAAUUUCAAAAAUUGUCAUCCAAUUUGGGAUGGAGAGAGUAUAUUUUUUAAGCAGGCCAAGUAUGUCACAAAACAACUCAGAUUCACCCUUCAUUCUAUUCCAAGAAUGGCCAACUUCAAGCCCCUAAACCACCACCGGAACUCCUCCUCUCUCCUCCCCUUCUUCUCUCUCCUCCUCACACUUUCAUCACUCACCACAGCCUCAAACAACUCUCCAAUGUGCUCACCAACCGAUUCAGGCCCUGUUGUACCCACAGACCCAUUAAUCACCUUCCUAGAACGUCUCCAAUUAACCGCACUAAACACAUUCGGCAGCAAAAACUACGACCCAAAACACUACGUCGACCUCUCGUUAAAGCACAAUCUCUCCGAAACCCAACUGGCCUUCGAUGACCUCCCGAAAUCCUCGACCGGGUCAGUCUCGGCUGUCGAUUUGAACGGGUUUAUAACGAGUUACUUCAAUGGGGCAGGGGAGGACUUGGUGUACGCAGAGCCGCCGGACUUUGUGCCGGAGCCGGAGGGGUUUUUGCCGGCGGUGGAGAAUCCGGUGGUGAGGGAGUGGGCGUUGGAAGUGCAUAAGCUGUGGAAGAAUUUGAGCAGGAGGGUGGAUGCAGGGGUCUUUGAGCAUCCGGAAUUGCAUACUCUGCUUCCCCUGUCUAAGUCUGUUGUGGUUCCUGGGUCAAGGUUUAGAGAGGUUUAUUACUGGGAUUCUUACUGGGUGAUAAGGGGCUUGUUAGUAAGUAAAAUGUACCAUACUGCCAAAGGGAUAGUGAGUAAUCUCAUUUCGCUCAGAGAUGAAUUUGGAUUUGUUCUUAACGGCGCAAGGAAAUACUACACUAAUAGGAGCCAACCUCCACUCUUGAGUGCAAUGGUAUACGAGAUUUACAGCAGGACAGGUGAUAUGGACUUUGCCAGAAAGUCUCUCCCGGCUUUGUUAAAAGAACACCACUUCUGGAAUUCAGGAUUUCAUAGCGUGACUAUUCUUGAUGCUGAAGGAUGCAAUCGCACUUUAAGCCGGUACUUUGCAAUGUGGAAUAAACCCAGGCCAGAAUCUUCAACUAUUGACAUGGGAACUGCUUCCAAGCUAUCAAAUGCUUCCGAAAAACAGCAUCUUUACCGGGAAUUGGCUUCAGGCGCUGAAACUGGAUGGGAUUUCAGCUCAAGAUGGAUGAGGAAUGCUUCCGAUCUCACGACAUUGGCUACAACCUCAAUCAUCCCUGUGGAUUUAAAUGCAUUCAUACUCCAGAUGGAACUUAACAUAGCUUUCUUGGCAAAAGUUACUGGAGAUAGGAUUACUGCUGCACGUUUUCUUGAAGCGGCUGAAGCAAGAAAACUGGCAAUGAACUCUGUCUUUUGGAAUGAAGAGAUGGGACAAUGGCUAGAUUACUGGAUCAGCGAUAAAACUAAGUGCAAGGAUGAUUACACUUGGGUGGCCUCGAACCAGAAUCGGAACAUAUUUGCCUCAAACUUCAUUCCUCUUUCGGUUGAGUUGUUCAACUCAGAUCUCAAAUUGGUGAAGAAAGUUAGGCAAAGUCUGCAAAGGUCCGGGCUGAUCCGUGCUGUUGGGAUCGCUACUUCUCUAACGAAUUCCGGACAACAAUGGGACUUUCCAAAUGGUUGGGCCCCGAUUCAGCAUCUCAUUGUUGAAGGUUUGGUGAGGUCUGGAUCAAAGGAAGCAAAGUCCAUGGCAAAAGACAUUGCUGCGAGGUGGAUCAGGACCAACUAUGUCUUUUACAAGAAAACAAAUACUAUGUCAGAAAAAUACGAUGUUGAAAAGUGUGGAGAAUAUGGAGGAGGUGGUGAAUACGUUCCACAGACGGGAUUUGGGUGGUCGAAUGGAGUUGUUUUGGCAUUCUUGGAGGAGUUCGGAUGGCCUAAAGACCUGAAGAUAGAUUGCUAGUGUGCAAAUAAAUUCUUAGAUUUUUUGUUCAGAUUCCUAUUAAGCAAGGAAGUGAAAGAUUUUCAUUAUAACAUUUUGAGAAAAGCCAAUUCAAAAUAUAUACACAAAUAUCAAAUCCUCUACCAGGUUUCUGGUCUGAUUGUGACAAGUAUAAAUAACAUUCGAACGGAUUCAAAUCUAUUCUAUUUUACUGAGGUCUACAGAUUUUCAUA